GGUUUUCUGCUGCCUCGGGUGAGUGAGAGAAAGUGAAACCGACGUGCCGCGAACAAGCGCACAGCGGCAACGAUGGUCGUUUUUCUCGGUCCUGGUGUGAAUGACAAACCAACAGCCAGUCGGCUGAGACGGAUCUCAGCGCUAUGUCUCUGAUCUGUAGGUGUCUCGUAUUUCUCCUCUUCUCUCUGGACGGGACGGCGGACGGCUCGGCUAAAGGUCACUGCCGUUGUCCUUGUGCCCGGCCUCCACCGUGGAAUUGGACUCUCCCUCCGGAUGCGGUGCACUGCUGCGGCUAUGAGAGCAAAUACCGCUACACGUGUAUGGAAGGCUACGUGAGGCAGGCGGGGACCUCCAACCUCACCAAGUGCAAAGACAGCAAGGGCGGUCCGCAGUGGUCGACACCCAAUCUCGUCUGCAUACCAGACCCAAAGAACCGGCCAUCUCAACAGACAAGCACCACGGUCCAAGGGGAAAUUUCAUCAGGCACUUCCACUAAAUCACCGACGUCUGGGAAGACAACAGAGGGGCCUCCUGGAGCAGGGCCUCCUGAAGCAGGGCCCCCUGGAGCAGGGCCUCCUGAAGCAGAGCCCCCUGGAGCAGGGCCCCCUGGAGUGACCCCACCGGCAGCUUCUGUCACGUUUGCCUCCACGCUGGCAGGGGCGAUCUCGUCUGAUAACACCACCUCGCAGGCGGAUCUGUGGUCAUCACAUCCUGUCGUCUCUGGGUUGAGCGUUACGGGAGCGCUGGUGAUCGGGUGUGCUCUGACAGGCCUCGGCUUCUUCUGGAGAAGGAGGUCACGGAGCGCCGUCCCGCAGCCGAGAGGGGAAGAACAGCUUCCAAUGAACUUGGUGGGAAACGCUCCGCUCUGAUCCGCGUCCAGCCGUCGUCGCACGGCAACGGGCGGUGUACAGACAACGGCCCGGGGGGGGGGUCGUCUGCAAUGUUGGGGGGCACAAAAGAAACGGAGAGAGACGUUGUCUACAGGGACUCUGAACCCCCCCCCCCGUCCCCACCAUGUGAUUAAAAUGUCAGUGUUUACCCCCGGGGUGUCCGGUGAAGACUGAGACUGGACGCCGUUGAGGUUUAAAACAGUUUUGUGGUCACCUUUGCAAUUAACACAAACGGUGACUGAGUGCAGAUGUAGUGUGCAGGUACACACAUUACAUGAGUAUGUCUCGUGUGUGUGUGUGUGUGUGUGUGUGUGUGUGUGUGUGUGUGCGCGUGUGCGCGCGUGUGUUUGCAGUUGUUCGUGUGGAUGCAUACAAACUCAA